UGUUAUAACACUUGAAACCACCGAUGACGGACUGCUUGCGCUGGCGGUACCUCUCGGAGGACCACGUGCUGGACCUCGGGCUAAUCCACGAGCCGGCGCAGCUGCGCGACUACCUCGCCAAUGUCUUCACCUUCCCACCGAGCCCGCUCUUCACGCGCAAGGCGCCGGCGCCAUUGCACCUCGUCGUGGACAUGUACAUGUACCUGUACGCGUUCACCAAGCAGCACGAGUUCAGCGCCGAGCGCACCUCGACGGUGCUGGCGAUCGUGCACAGCCUCGUGCUCACGGACCUCUUCCUUCACGGCGAGAAGGACCUGCGCGCGCUCCCGACGCUGCCCGGAAGCUUUGGGCGCUUCCAGGCUAUGCUCCUGCGGCACAGCGUCGAGCGGCCGCCGAUGAGCACAGGAAUUUUUGACGCCACCGACGUCACCCGCAUCGUCGACUACGUGACGCACACGUACUACCGCCACUUUCACUUGUAUCAGAGCAUCUUCCUGCCGCAAACCCACUUGUGGCUUGCAUGGAUGUCGCCAGCGUCAAGCCCGUAG